AUUUUCUUAUUUUAUAAGGGAACUUGUAACUUCUUGAUUUGACGUGACCGCAGUCGAUUUGACGAAACGAGUCGAGAAAAAUCGUAAGAUGGCCGAACAAGGAAUCGCCGUUCCGAAAACCGAGCCGACGACGCCGUUGUUGAGCAAACCGAUGGGACAGCCCGGAGGAAGUCAGGGACCGAAGCCGCCAAUGGGCGGACGCGGUGGCGGCGGCGGUGGAUUUUUCAAUCGCGGAGGUCGUGGAGGCGGCGAACGUGGUGGUGGUGGUGGACGCGGUGGAAUGGGCGAUCGAGGACGCGGAGCGCCACGUGGACGCGGUGGUAUGCGUGGCGGACGCGGUGGAAUGGGUGGUGGGCCGACUCCGAUGGAAAUGGGCGGUGGCGGAGGUGGCAACUUCGGGCCAGGCAUGGGACGAGGCAAGAACAGGACGCCUGAAGAAAGGGUGAUGGAGAAAUUGUCGAUGGCGUUCAACGGGCCUACGACCGAUAUCCAGGCGAAAGACGUGAUGGAGACGAGGAAAUUCACUGGACACUGCAGGUUGUACGUCGGCAACAUUCCCAAUGAUUUGACUGAAGAGGAGUUCAUUGGACUUUUCUCACCGUUCGGAGAAACCAGCGAACCUUUCAUCAACCGCGAGAAAUUGUUUGCCUUCAUUAAGAUGGACUAUCGCUCAAAUGCCGAAAGAGCAAAGAAUCAGUUGGACCAAACAUUGUUGCGUGGGAAGAAUUUGAAGGUUCGUUAUGCUCAGCAUGGAGCUGUCGUGAAAGUGAAGAACUUGUCUUCGUGGGUGUCAAACGAGCUGUUGGAGCGCGCUAUGUCAAUAUUUGGAGAAGUUGAGAAAGCGAUUGUAGCUGUUGAUUCUAGAGGGAAGGCUUUGGGAGAAGGAACUGUCGAAUUCGUUCAAAAGCCAGCAGCCGCCACGUGUGUCAAAAUGUUGUCGGAAGGAUGCUUCUUCCUCACUGCGUCGCCAAAGCCAGUGAUCGCAGAAUUGAUAACUGAGCAAGACGACGAAGACGGUUUAAUGGAGAAGAACAUUCAGCGCAGAAACAUGGAAUACUGCCAGGAGCGCGAAAUGCCGCCCCGGUUCGCAGAGCCGGAGUCGUUUGAAUUCGAAUACGGCCAGCGUUGGAAGGAGUUGCACGAGCUCGAAAAGCAGAAGAUUGAUGCUGUCAAAGCCGAGAUCAGGUUUGAGCGAGAAAAGCUUGAGUCCCAGAUGGACUUCGCCAAACAGGAUGCUGAGAUCAGUCUCCUUCGCAAACAGCUGAGACAGCGGGAAUUGGAGAAAGAAGCGAGGAUGCGGAAGCAAGAAAUGCAAAUGCAGCAAAUGGAGGGGAUGAGGCGCAACGAAGAGGCGCAGUACAGGAAGCGAGAGGAGCAAAUGACUCAGGUAAUUUCCAGAGGCGAGGAGAACCUGAGACAACGUGCGCAGGAUAACUGCUUGUUUCUCCAGCAACAGGAAGCUGGUUACAUUGGCGGAGAAGGUGGCGACCGUUUCGAUAAGGGUCCAGUUGGAGGGGACUUCGGCAAGCCCGAGAUGGAACCCGGCUUUGGGCCCGGUGGAUAUAACCCGUGGGAACAAGGGCCAGGUCCUAGGAUGGGUCUCAUGGAUCAAGGCGGUUACGGAGGCAAAUUCGGGCCGGAUGCCGGCAAUGGGCAGCCAGGGAUGGCCGGCGGGGCGCCGCCGCCGCCGAGGCAAUGGGGCCGUGGUCCGGGCGACCGCGGCGACCCCGACAACUUCCAGUCUAAGCGUCGUCGCUUUUAAUUUCCUCGCAAAAACGCGAAAAAGAUUGCUUGGGAAAGCCGAGAAAGAGCGAACAUUUAGCUAUCGGCCUUCCACGGAUUUUAGGCGAAGAAAAAGAGGAAACUCCUCUCGACUGAAUUCGAACCCAGACACACCUCUCAAGUGUGGCUAUUUCGAAAAUAUUUUGAUUUGCUUUGUUCUUAGACUCGCCGACUGAAAAUGUUUUUUGUUUGUUUUGUUUUUGCAGUCGCCGCAAUUUUUUCCCCGUACUGUUGUUCGAUUAUACUCUUUUUAUGUGUGUGUAUCGAGGGAAAGUAUGCAAAUGGCCGACCCUAGAACAAAAGUUAACGACGAAAUGAAUUUUCGGAUCAGAUUUUUUGCCGACGAUUUUCACUUGUCUUUCCCGGACGGAUGGAAAUUUUACAAAUUAAACCGAGUUCAGAUAAAAUUCUGAGGAAGGCGAAAAAUACUGUGUAAAAAGAAUUCCCCGGAGAAUUGAAGAAAUGGAAGGGGUUUCUGAUCUUCGGAAGAACUCGAGAAGGGAUCCUUCACCUCUUUGUAAAAUCUUGAUGUUUUCCUCUGUUUCCUCAAACUCAGGUGUAAAUAGCGCAUUUUACAAUAAUUGCGCUAAGGCGUCGAUUAUUUUUACGUAUUGUAGGAAAAAAAGCUUUCGUUGUUGGUUCAUUGUUUCGUCAUAUUUCUUCCAGGGUGGGAAUUUUUUGGAUGAUUUUCAUCUUUCGGAGUAGGUUGCGAUUUUCAAAGCCAUUUUCCCCCCAAGGCCUGUUCUGAUUUCAUUAUUUGUGUUAUAAGCAUGUUUUUUGACGUGGCCAAUUUCUUGUUGGCGUCAAUAAUCUCGGAACACGACCAAUAAAAGCGUGGCACGUUUCGUGGAGAAAA